CGGUUUCCUUGUGUUAACAAUGGCAACUUCACCACCAACAGUACUUACGGGGAGACGAAACGGAGGACGUUUGCAGAAGUUGCCUGAACGAGACCGUCUCCGAGCUCCAGCAGGAAUGUCCCAACUACAAAGAGGCGAUCGGAUGGUCGGAAUUCU